UGGUCCUGGGUGCCGGUGGGGGCCCUGGGAGUCCUCUGGGGCGCCGGGAGGAGCGCGGGGAACGUUCUGGGAUGUCUCAGGGUACACGAGGGGGUCCUGGGUGUCCCGAGGACCCCCCACCCCGUGGCUCCCUCCGUGCCCUCUCUAGCUGUCAGCUCUGCAGCCGCGGUGACCCCUGAGCCCCCCCCUCUCCCCUUGGGGCUCCCGGUGUUCUCAGAGCCCCCGUUCUCCCCAGCCCCUCCCGCCUCCUCCCAUUCCCCGCCCCAGAUGUGGCCCCGCCGCUGCUGCCAGAUGUGCGAAGUGCGGGGGGUGGGGGAGUGGGGCUCCCUCUGUGCUCUUCCACCGCCCCCAGCACAGCCUUCCCCCUGCCCCCCACCCCACCCCCCCCCGGUCCGGGAUGGAGCCUGGAGCCCCCGUGGAGCUGCGCUGCCGCCUGGAGCCACGGCCACACUACGAGCCCGGUCCGGCAGUGCUCUGCGCCCUCGGCUGCGUCCUCGGCCUUCUCUACGGUGGCAUUGGCCAUCGCUGCUUCAAGGCCGUCCUGUUCACGUCGGGGCUGCUGCUGGGCUCCGGCGUCAUCUUCCUGCUGUGCUACAAGGAGCGCGUGCUGGAGACGCGGCUGAGCCUGGAGGUGAGCGCGGGCAUCGCCUUGGCCAUCGGCGCGCUCUGCGGGCUGGUCACCGCGCUGCUGCGCAGCGUCGGGCUCUUCGCCACCGGGCUGCUGCUGGGGCUGCUGCUGGCCGCGGCCGUGCUGGCGGCUGCUGCGCCCCUGGUGCCUCCGCUGAGCCCCUGGGUGCCGGUGGGCGUCCUGCUGGGCCCGGCGCUGCUCUGUGCCCUGCUGACCCUACGCUGGCCCAAAGCGCUGACCACGUUGGCCACCGCCGUCCUCGGCGCGGCCGUGGCGGUGGCGUGCGUGGAUUAUUUCGUGGAGGCGUUUGCUCUGGUGGUGCACAUCUCCGAGAGGCUGCGGAUGGAGGCGGUGGGGCAGCUCUGCUGGCACAGCUGGGUCGUGCUGGGGGCAUGGCCGGCGCUCAGCCUGCUCGGCGUCCUGCUGCAGCAAUGCAGGAGGCCAAGCGCCAGCAGAACUGAGCCCCCUCGGAGUGCAGCCACUGCCGCCAGCCUAUCCCAGUGACACGCAUCGUGCACAACGUGUUGGCCUUGAGCGGCAUCCAGAGCUUGUGGGACCCGCAGCUGGAGAGCGCAGCCCCCCCAGGCCCCGCUGGGACCCCCGAUGAUGGCUGCAGCUCCACCACAUCCUUCACCGCCCCAGUGCCUCGAGGCCACCCCCGAGAGGCCCCUGUGCCCCCCACCCGCUGUGCCUUGGGGUGCUCUAACCCUGCCAUGCCUGCCCCUUUAAGUAGGCAAAUGAUGGGGGAUCCUCAUGGGGUAAAUGGGAGCUCCUGCCCCCCAGCCAGCCCCACUGCAACCCCUGUCCCUUGUCAGCUCCAGAGAGGGUCAGUUCCACCCCCACCUCCAGCACCUGCUGCCCCUCCCCUCCAGUGCAGGAAAAGACCUCAGAGAAAAUAACACCCCAUGGUUAUUUUUGUAGGACCUACUCAAACGCUGUGCACACACAUCACAGGCUCAGGACCUGAGCCAUAGUGUUCUAGUGCCUUAGCUCCAGCUGCCCCCAGCUCCUCACUCUGACCCCCACACCCCUUAUACCUCCAUUCCUGCUGCCACAAGGCCCCUGGCUCCGCUGGCCCCAUGGGCUGCCCAUCCCUGUAUCCCUCAGACCACCAGCACCCCCAUCUAUGACCUCUGGGCUCCCCAGGCCCCCACACCCCACCCUUCAUGCUCCAGCGACCCCCAGAACCCCCCAGAUCCCUUAUGUCCUCAUCACUCCCAUCCCAAACUGCAUCCCUGCACAUCCCCCCACGCAUCCCCUCUUCAGCCCUGGGACCAACUGCAGCGCUCCCUGCUCAGCCCCACAUAGGAUCACCCCAAACGUGGCCCCGUUCCCCAGCCGAGCUCCAGCCCAGGGCACGACAAGCCCACAAAGCACUGUCCCAUAGGCUGUCCCUCCCCACGGGCAGCAGGAUGUGGGCUGGUGCCAGGCCAGAGCGCGGGGCCACCCAGAAAACGGGGCACGAGAGGGGGCCGGGUGCCCCCCCUCCAACGCUGCCUCACGGGACACAAAGGCGGCUGUGUCCCACACACAGUCCUGACAGUGACACUGGUGCUGGCACUGCUGCAGCUGGGCGGGCUGAGGGGGUUGGGGCCUCUGGGAGGGUCCCAGCGCCGUCCUCAGCAGGGAAAGGCAGAGCUGAGCUCAUGCCACGGGCUCACUACUGCAAUUUUAUUAUUGCAUUUUUAAAAAUAAAGGGAGAGGACGACAGUGCCGUAACACAGAAUGCGAGGGGCUGGGGAAGAAGUCAAGGAAGUGCCACUGCCCCUGCCCCACCCGCAGCACCAGCCCUGCCCACCCGGCCC